AUGCCCGAAGGUUUAACCCUAGAGGAGCAGAAGCACAAUGAGCUGGAGCUCUACAUCACAUCCGUCAUCUACCUUUUCACCUACGCCGCCCUCAACACCCUGACCGGCCUGGUCGUGCUCUUCCUCGACGUGAUGGCCGUGCUGAUAUUCCGGUCGAACGGGAUCAAUGGCGCGGCGGACAUCGUGAUCAUGGUGUUGCUGUUCUUCGCCGUGUCAACGAUAUUACUCCUCGCGUACGCCACGGUGCAGAAAUUCGCGCAGGGGCCGGUGUAUGUCGCGCUGUGCGUCAUGAUCUUCUUCAAUCUGGUAUGAAUAGCUCGAACAGCUUUUUUGACUGGUUGUUGAUGAUGAAAGCACUGCAUGAGAAAACGGUUUUCUACUUGUGUUUUUGCAAUACAAAAUCCAAACUAUCACCAGAUCGGCGGCAUCAUGAGUAAAGUUUUUUUCAGCGACGUCCCGCAGGUGAUGUACUACGUCAGUUUCCUGCACGAGAUUUGCUGUCUCGCCAAUGCCUGGGCGACCAACAACCACCGAUUUGCGUUUUUUAACGCCAUCGAAUACACGUGGGAUCUAUCAACCGCAAAAGUGUCUGGGUCUGGAAGGUCACAACUUGUGAUGCUGUCUGUGGAUUCUAAAAAAAUUUGCAUUGCAUGACCAGCAAGAGGGGUCGCGUUUGUCCUACGUGGAGAGGGCAUUUCUCAUGCGGUAGAGGUAUCACAAAGCCUUCUAAAAAUCUGUGAUGCUACGGCAUGUAUCACAGACAUCAUGGCUCAUGGAAAAUAUGCAUGACAAAUCUAGAAAACUUCCUGACCCAGACACUUUUGCAUUUGAUAGGAUCAGUUUGACUGGAUGGACAAAAUUGUACGUCCGGGGCUCGAAGAAGCCCUGAUAAGGAUGUACCUGAAGUAUAGAAUUAUCUUACGCUACUAGCUGCUGUUUUAUUUGGAUUUGUUUCCUAGAUGUGGUGCAUAUGGAUAAGGAUAUCGAUAUAGUGCAAGAGAAACUUUUCUAUCAUAGCCAAUUCUGCAUGACAAACAAACUCCCAGGGCCAAGCCACUCGAAGUGUCCCCGGAGGACGAGGUGGUAAUAGAAAGCACGAAAGAAGCCGCCAUGCUGGAUAUGAGAUUGCACCACUCUCCCUCCCCCUCAUUUGUCAUGCAAAACCCCAAAUCCAAGGGCAAGGGCUUCCCUGUGGCACUGUUUGCAUGACAGAUUCCGGUGGAAGCCCAAACAGUACUACACUAGGCGGACGAUGAAUUUGUCACGCAUAAGCUCCAUGUGUGCUGGUAUUUGUAUAUGCUGUUCAUGCAAUACAAAUGAGGGGGAGAUGCUGGGGUUGUGCACUCUCAUACUGGAGGAGCUCCGGCGAAAAGCCGCAGAGUACCCUACGCACCAGAUAAAAACCUUUCAGCGGUACGACUACGAGCACGACUUCCAGAAAACGGUCAAGUUCUACACGCGGCAGAAGCGCGAGCUGUCGGAGUGGAUGCAGAGCGUGAAGUUCGAGGACAUAAAGUCCAACCCGAAGGAAAACAGCUGGAUGCAGGACAAAAUAGGGAAGACGCUGGGCCGGAAGCUGAUGGGCGAACAGGAGUACUUGAAGUACCAGGAGGGCGUCAGGAAGGAACUCGCCAUGCGGGAGGGGUGGAACCACAAGUCCGCGGCAGACAGGAAGAAAAAGAGGAAAGGCGAGCCGGGCGGGCUGGAUCUCGGGCCGCAGACCAUCGUGAAAAUGACGGAUAUGUAGUGGGGAGAGACAGAAGUUCUUCACUGUGUCGGGCUGCGUCUAGUUGUCUACGAGGGGUCUUUGUGGAGGUUCUUGUUUUCUGUCGAGAAUACAUCUACUUAUUAACCGGUUCUUUUUCAAAAGAAUAUAGUCAGACUUGAUAAUCAAUUCGCUGAGCUGCUCUCGAGAAUUCAGGAGUUUCGAACAGGUUUGAUGCAAUUUUCGGGCUGUGGUGCCUGAUGUUUUCGAGAAUUCAGUGUGGAAU